UCAGUGCGAGCUGGAAUGUGUUGCUGCUCAGGUGUUUCGGAAGUAAAGUCGACUUUAUCCUCGCAGUCACGUCCCUCGGAGCGAACAGCAACACUCGAUGUCACCAUGUUUUACUGAGACGAAGGCAUUUUCAUUUCACAUGAUAAACGACAGUAGAAGCGAAACCAGCUGCCUCGGGACUUUGAGAUGGAGGAGUCCAGUGACGUGGUUGACACAGACCACCUGCCCUGCUGUGAAGACGACCAGGCCCACCGUCUGGACGAUGCAGAUGAGGUUGAAUGUCUCAGAAGAAAGAUCAAGUUCUACUUCAUGAACCCCUGUGAGAAAUACCACGCACGGGGACGAAAGCCGUGGAAGCUCAUCCUGCAGCUCGUCAAAGUUGCCAUUAUUACCAUCCAGCUGGUGAGUUUUGGGCUCAGCAACCAAAUGGUUGUCACGUUCAAGGAGGAAAAUCUGAUGACAUUCAAACACCUCUUUUUGAAAGAUUACACUGACGCAGGCAUGGACAACUAUGCUGUUUACAGACAGGCAGAUGUUUACGACCACAUCGAAUACGUUAUUGCACAGUACGGCCUCCUACACAACAACACGGUGGGAAAUCAUGAAUACGACAAGGAUGGUGGCGUCUACACCCCACUGAGGCUGUGUCAGGAGUUCUACAGGAAUGGGACCAUCUUCCCUGGAAAUGAAACCUUUGAGAUCGAUGCUCACGUGGAGACCGAAUGCCUUGAUGUUUAUCCAAUGUCUCACUUUUCACCGCACCAAGUCGUUCAAAACUUCAAAAUUCAUUUUAAAAGGUUGCUCUCUGUCCAGAUCACGUUUGUUCUCAAGGCCAUAAAUUUACAAACAGUGAGACAUCGAGAGCUGCCGGACUGCUAUGACUUCACCGUCAUCAUCACGUUCAACAACCAAGCUCAUAGCGGCAGGAUAAAGGUGGAGCUGGAAAACGACGUGUUCAUCAGCGAAUGCAGAGACUGGAAAGUAACUGGAGCCUCUCCUAGAAACAUAUACCUGACCGUGCUGUUCGACUGCCUCAUCAUUGUAACCUGCGUCACCUCCUUCAGCCUCUGCACACGCUCAGUUUUCAAAGGGAUCCUGCUGAUGUUUCAAUACAGUCAGCAUUGCAGUAAACACAGCAGUAGAGGCGUGCCGUGGUCGGACAGGCUGGAGUUUCUGAGUGGCUGGUACAUCCUCAUCAUCGUCAGCGACACGCUGACCAUCAUUGGAUCUAUUCUCAAGAUAGAAAUCCAGACUAAGAUCCUCACGAGCUACGACGUGUGCAGCAUCUUCCUCGGCACCGGCACCAUGUUCGUCUGGAUUGGCGUCAUCCGCUACAUGGGCUACUUCAAGAAGUAUAAUAUUCUCAUCUUAACUCUCAGGGCAGCGUUCCCAAACGUCAUCCGUUUCAUCUGCUGCGCUGGAAUCAUUUACCUGGGCUAUUGUUUCUGUGGCUGGGUCGUUCUCGGCCCAUACCACGAGAAGUUCCGGACCUUGAACACCGUGUCCGAGUGUCUGUUCUCGCUGAUCAACGGAGACGACAUGUUCCCCACCUUCAAGGACAUGAAGCAGCAGAGAAGCCUGGUGUGGGUUUUCAGCAGGAUCUACCUCUACACCUUUGUGUCCCUCUUCAUUUACAUGAUACUCAGCCUUUUCAUCACGCUCAUCACAGACACAUACUACACAAUCAAGGAACAGCAGGAGAGCGGAGACCCGACGUCAGAACUGCAGAAAUUCCUAUCGGUGUGUAAAGAUUUGCCGAAGUCUGGAGUGUUUAGACUUGACAACACCAACAGCUGCUUCAUCAACUGCUGCAUCAACAGGCACGAGGAGCAGGAAGAGAGGCUCACCUCAGAGGCCUAACUCGUCAACCUUUCAAUCGUGAGAUAUUGAGAGUCUGUACCGUGUGUAUAUUAUAACCUUUUAACUACUGAGCACUUUAUAUUGUUUAUGUUUGGUGGAAGUGAGUUUAGAGAGUCUGGAAAAGCGUCUUUCCCUCUUUUAAAUAAAGGAUGCCCAAGUUUAAUCAAGUACAUAAUGUUCCUUGUUGAUCAUAUGAUGGUGGACAGUGAUGAAUGCGCUUUGUAAAUCCUAGUUUUAUUUUUGCAGAUGUAAAAUGUUUUUGUUGCAGGUUUUAAAUUAUUUUUACUAAGCUUUUCACACAUCCAUGUUGUGCAAUAAUGAAUCAUGAUUCAAUAAAAAAACAAAUAUAAAUUAAAUGAGAUUUUUAUUUCUCCUUUAAC